AUGGAUGCCUUAAAGUUCGUCAAUGGUGUACGGCGUAUGCUCCCAGAAUCCCAGGUGGAAGUGCUGGACGAACCUGGUGAAGCGCCGGAAGCGGUGGCGAUGUGUUCCAUCGUCGAAACGCUGGAGAGCGCAGCAAUAGGAAAGUCACAGCACCGAGACACGACGGCAUCAGCACAGCAAGCCACGCAUGCCACAGACUUGCUCUGGAGUGCUACAACGACAUCGCUGCCGCCGCCGCCGCCGCCGCCGCCUCCGAUUCUUCCUCCUCCCUCGAGCUUUGUGCCGAUUGCUUACAACCCGGCUGCACCUGCUGCCCCCGAAAUGGUACGGUAUCGUGAGAAGACGCCGCCUUUGGACGAGGAUCCUCUGAACCCGCUGGCCGUAGCAGUUGCACAUGAUUACCAGAACCAACCGUUCACGCCUGGGUCUCCCCAGCCACAGCAAGUCCCUGCUCGAGUUCAAAACUUUGACUUGCCGAUUUCUCGGCUCGCAGGACCUCCGCAGAACCCAGCAGUGCAUCAAGUUGCGACGAUGCAAACGCAACCAGACCAAACCACACCCAGAUUCGCCCUCCCAGUCACUUGCUACACAUCUGACGGGUUGGUUCAGCGGACACAGCCAGCCGCAGCCACUGCCGCCCCGUCCCCGUCUCCUGAUGGCCGCUCCAAUUACACAAUCAGCCACCAGCAAGGUCCAUCUCAUCAAACAAGCCGAGACUAUGCGGUUCACCAGCAACUUUACCGGCCGUCCGGGACGGAGACGGGCGCGGUGCAAUCCCAGUAUGCCCCUAAGCCGGGAAACAAGAGCAGGCUGGAGGAGAAUGCAGGAAAGUUUGAGCGAGGUGUUACUGGGAUACUUCGGAAGUUUGAGAAAAAGUUCGGAUAG